GUUACACAUUUUUGUACUUUACUGCUACUGUCUGAAAUUGGUUGUAUAGGUGGUGGCGUAAAGUCGGUUAGUUUAGUAAGUUGGACCUUAUUAUGGUUAUAUAUUUUUAACAACUAUCUCAGAGUAUUUGUCUUGUACGGCAGUUUAGCGAUAUGUUUAUUAUUAAUUCAUGGGCUGUGUGAAAAAUAUAAAUUACGAUGUCCAAAGACCCCAGGCUUCCUCAUUCUGUGAUAUUUGGACAAGUAGUGAUUGGCCCGCCUGGUUCCGGAAAGACUACUUAUUGUUUAGGAAUGCAGGAGUUUCUGUCUAAAUUAGGGCGUAAAGUUGCAGUAGUGAACCUGGAUCCUGCAAAUGAAGGCAUUCCGUAUCAGUGUUCUGUGGAUAUUGCGGAGCUAGUGACUUUAGAGGAUGUGAUGGAUGGUCUCGGUCUUGGUCCCAAUGGAGGCCUCAUUUACUGCAUGGAAUAUUUGGAGGCUAACUUUGAUUGGUUACAGAGUAAAUUGGACACCUUGAAAGAUCAUUAUUUUUUGUUUGAUUGUCCAGGACAGGUGGAAUUGUAUACACACCAGAAUUCCUUGAAGAAUGUUUUUGCACAGUUAGCCAAAUGGAAUUUCAGGUUGGCUGCAGUGCACCUGGUGGACUCGCACUACUGUACCGACCCUGGGAAGUUUAUUUCAGUGCUGUGCACAUCACUUUCCACCAUGUUACACGUAGAGCUGCCACACGUCAACGUCCUCUCUAAGAUCGAUCUGGUAGAGCAGUUUGGAAGACUUGCAUUUAAUCUGGACUAUUAUGCCGAAGUACUAGAUCUUUCCUACUUGCUGGAUCAUUUGGCCUCUGAUCCAUUCUUCAGGCACUACAAGCGUCUCAAUGAGAAACUGGUAGAGAUUGUAGAGGAUUACAGUCUUGUCUCCUUCAUCCCACUCAAUAUUCAGGACAAAGAGCGGAUGAAACAGGUGUUGCAGGCUGUGGACAAAGCAAAUGGCUAUUGCUAUGGAGAUUCAGAAAAGAGAAACCUGGAAGUCAUGAUGUCUGCAGCAGUUGGGGCGGAUUUCCAGUUCACCUCUGCACUGGCUGUUCAAGAGAAGUAUAUCACAGCAAAUGAGAAGUCUGUGGAAGAAGAAGCCAUGGAGCUCUAAUGCACUGACCUAAUUGAGAUAACUGGAAUGGUACCUUCCAUUCGUCAUCUCCAUGCUGCUGCUGAGACAGAAGCUGACAGCAACAGAAAUACAGCCAUAGGCAGAACUGUUUGAUAUAUGCUGUUCAAAUGGAAGGCUUAGGCUUUGUACUGAUAUACCUCAACUGUCCUCAAGCCUGUUAAGUAGGAAGUUUGGAAUUAUAUAAUGAAAUCACACACACCGGAUUAGUUCUUAAUAUUUUCUGGUGCUGUCUUUUCCAGAGAGCUGUAUUAAUUGGGGUCUUCACGCUGAGAGGGAGGCUUGUUGGAGCUUGCAUAAUCAAAAUCGCAAGUUUGAAGAACCUGAUGCUGCAGAGACGGUAGAAAAACACAGGCUGUGUAACCACUGACCAUCCAUACUUAUAGCUUCACAGAUUGUUACCAAAAUGUAAUAAAACUGUUGUUCUGUGAUGCAUAUUUGCAGCUGUGCAGCCAGCAUAAGUUGAAGCUGCAGAAGCUUUGGAUCACUUUAAUACUGAAAGUAGUUGCUAAUGUAUGCUACUGUGGUGACCCGAAUGCAUUAUUAUUUUGACUUGACAAAUGAUGUACUGUGUAAAAAUGAAAGGUUUAUCACUUCUGGAUGUUUUUAAAAUAUUUUUCUGUUAUUUUAUAAAUGCUGGAUUGGUGUACACAAUGAAGACAAAAAAGGGUUGUACGUGAA